AGACUCGACUGACUGAGUUCCCUCUGCCGAGUAGCCUGCCCGAUAUAGUACACCGCCACGAUUCCAACAGCGCCAAACAACAACGUCCCCUUUACGCCUCAGCAACUCGGAUUGUCUGCGCCAUUCUCGCGCUCGCCGUCUCUCUCGUCCUCGCCGACUGCGGCCAGCUCGCCAUCCUGAACUCUCUGCCGACGACCGAAGCACUCUGCGGUGAGGUGGCUGUAGCGGCGCAUCUCAUCUCGCCUUCUUUUGUUCAUGCCAUCCGUCGAAGAUCUAGAAGACUGGCCCGCACCCGAAGACUCUACUGCGCCGAACGGACUCGCCACUCACAGCACCACCUCCAACCACAGCCAGCCCUUGAAGAUCAAGAUACCCCUCAAGACGUCGUUCAUGCCACCCAGUACACGCUCGGCAGCCCGCGCGCAGUCUGAAUCCGUUGCGUCGGGAUCAGAGUAUCACGAGAGCAAUGCGUCCAUGGACGUGGACGAAGAACCAGUGCCAGUAGACGAGGAUAAGCCCGAGCCGCCGCAACCCGAAUACGGGGUCACGGCUAGGGGUAGGAAGGUCCUCCGCAGGUCAUACCGAGAGUCAGGGAGCGAAGACGACCUAGUGCUUGAUCCAGAUCGCCCUUCCUCGCCCGCGAAAGAAGCGGACGGUGCCAAAGACGAGGAAGAAGAGGAAGAGGAGUCGCAUUACGCGCUUCGACGGCCACGCAAAAACAUUCGUAAUCUGAAGGGCUUUGUGGAGUCCGACGAGGGGGAGGGGGAGGAGGAGGCAGAAGAAGACUCUGGCUACAAGCUACGGAGCAGGAGUAAGAACGGCCAGUCGGCGGCCAAGGAUACGCGCGGUGGCCGUAUCACGCGUCGACCAGGGUCCCGCACCCAGGCAACGACAUCGAAGCAGACUCGGAAACGCGUCAGCACGCGUCCGACGCGUACAAGGGCACGCUCGCAGCAUGACGAUGAGGGCUACGAGGACGAGCCGUCAUCAGGGUCCGCUGACGCUGAGGGUUCGCUCGACGAUGCCCCUCACACCUCCCCUGAGCCGGAACGGGAUGGCGAGGCUGAUGCUGAAGGAGAAGUGGAUGUGGAUGGCGAGGCUGGACAAGAGCAGGAGCAGGACGAGCGCCCGUAUGCAUUCCGGAAGCGCAACCACGUCAACUACGCUAUACCGCCACCUCUGGAGGAAAUGCGAGCCCCGCCACCCAAGUCGACUGCGAACGGAAACAGAGCGAAAGGUCGCAACGUGCACGGCAGGAGCAAGGUGCCCGGCUGGAGCGCGACGGGUGCUGAGUUGAGCAGAUGGAUGGGUGGCGCGGCUGGGGAUGAUUCGGAUUCCGACUAUCCUACUCGGACACCACGUAAACAGCCCUUCGGGGCUGGGGCGAUGGGUGGUGGCGUGUUCGCUGGUGGUGCUGGAGGCCUCUUUGGCGACAUCGCGGCCGCUGGGACGCCGUCGAAUCUCGGCAAGGUUGGCGAUGCCACCCUUGCCGAUGCUGACCCCCUGGGGGUGAACCAGAAUGUGACGUUUGACGAAGUGGGAGGUUUAGAUGACCAUAUCGACUCAUUGAAGGAAAUGACGUUGUUGCCUUUGCUGUACCCGGAGGUGUUCCAACGCUUCAAUCUCACUCCUCCACGUGGGGUCCUAUUCCAUGGCCCUCCAGGAACCGGUAAGACCCUACUAGCUCGCGCGCUCGCGGCGAGUUGCCGUUCCGAUGGCAAGAAGAUUUCCUUCUUCAUGCGGAAAGGCGCCGACUGUCUCUCGAAGUGGGUCGGUGAGGCCGAACGCCAACUCCGCCUACUCUUUGAGGAAGCGAGGUCCCAGCAGCCCAGCAUUAUCUUCUUCGACGAGAUUGACGGCCUCGCGCCUGUGCGCUCGUCGAAGCAGGACCAGAUCCACGCCUCGAUCGUGUCGACGCUGUUGGCGCUCAUGGACGGUAUGGACGGCCGAGGGCAGGUCAUCGUGAUCGGCGCGACGAACCGGCCCGAUGCUAUUGAUCCUGCGUUGCGGAGACCGGGCAGGUUCGAUCGGGAGUUCUACUUCCCGUUGCCUAGCUCGGAGGCUCGUGAGCGAAUCCUGCGGAUCAUGACGAAGAAGUGGGCUGGCUGGGAGGGCGAGACAGGCGAGACCAACGUCAAGGGCCUGGCGAAGCUCACGAAGGGUUAUGGUGGUGCUGAUUUGAGAGCUCUUUGUACGGAGGCCGCCCUCAACGCUGUUCAAAGGCGCUACCCGCAGAUCUACAAGUCCAACGACCGACUACUGCUCAAGCCAGAAACGAUCGAGGCGGAGCUACGCGACUUCAUGAUAGCAAUCAAAAAGUUGGUCCCUUCGUCCGCUCGCUCGGUCUCAUCCGCAGCUUCGCCACUUCCGACGCAGUUAGAGCCACUCUUGCAACAUUCCUUGGACAAGAUGAAAGAGGUGAUCGGCAAGGUUCUGCCUGUGAGCAAGAAGCGGACGGCACUUGAGGAGGCUGAGUACGAGGACGAGAGCACUGAAGGCGCGCUUGACCGCGAGCUGAUGCUUCAGUCCAUGGAAACACUCCGAGUGUACAGGCCGCGCGUCGUACUACAUGGUCCUGUGGGGAUGGGUCAGGCGUACGUUGCCGCCGCAGUACUUCAUCACUUGGAAGGUUACCAUGUCCAGAGCCUGGACCUCGGUAGUCUCAUGGGCGACUCCACACGAACCCCUGAAGCGGCCAUUGUCCAGCUUUUCGUUGAGGCGAAAAGACAUCAGCCUUCGGUCAUCUACAUUCCAUCGUUGGUGGGAUGGUGCGCCGCCGUCUCCGAGACCACCAGAACGACCGUCCGCGCGAUGCUCGACACGUUAGCGCCCACAGACCCCGUGCUGCUAUUGGCCGUUGUCGACGGCCCAUUCUUGUCCCUUCCGCGGGAUGUUCGCUCAUGGUUCGGACCUACGCGAGAUAAUCGCGUAGAGUUGAUUCAUCCGAUGCUGUCGCAAAGAGAACAGUUCUUCGAGGGCCUACUGAAGGACGUCCGGCGUCCACCAAAUCAGUUCCCGGAUGGCGUCAAGCGCAAGAAGCGUGUAUUGGAGGAGCUGCCCAUUGCCCCACCUUUGGAGCCACGACAGCCGACGGCCGCGGAGCUUGCUGUUCAGGAGGAGAGUGAUCAGCGGGUUGUCACCUUGCUCAGGUAUCGCCUAGGUCCAAUCCUGCAGGAGCUCAAACGUAAGUUCAAGCGCUUCACCAAGAGAGCAAUGGAGGAAUACAAGUACGACUUUAAUGUCGUUCAUCAGGAAGUCGAAGUGGUCACCACUAGCGUCGAAAUUCGCACGAACGGCGACGGUAUCGUCGAGAUGACAGAAGAGCAACACAUGGAGCAUGUCGACCAACCACAGAUCAACGGCAUCAAUGGAGUACACGAAGCAGUGCCACCCCCGCCCCCUCCGCCUCCGCCCCUCCUGCCUCCCCUAUUCGACAUGGAUCUCGAACGGAUGCAUCUCGAGCUCUAUCGCAAUCGGUACCUUACUCCGGAUGACUUCCUUGACGAUAUCCGCAAGAUUGUCCACAACGCUGAGGUCAGGAUAGACGAAGAUCCUGACCGGCUCUACCGCGCUCAGGCGAUGUUGACCGCUGCUGAAGUUAGCAUCAACGACUUCGAUCCGACCUUCAGGCUGGAGUGCCAGCGCAUGGCCGUUCGGGAGAGGAGGCGCCGAGAUGAGUACCGGAAGAACAAGGAGAAGGAGAAGGAAGCGCAAGAGGCCGCGUCACAGAUAAACGCACCCGGACCUCGGCGGAGUACACGGAACAAUGGUCAGCCUUUGCAGAUCUCAAUCACGGAUCCUACACAGCUAGAGAGGCGACGCAAGAGGCAUCGGUCCACCUCUGCGGCUAAUACUGCUUCAGAGGAUGAGAACGGCGACAGAGCCUCAAAGCGUUCACGUACGGAGGGCGAUGGGAUGGCUGACGGGACUGCUGCAACUCAAUCGCCUGAGAAGUUUGUUGGCGUACGCUUUGCGGAUGACGUGGAUCGGGUUGAGACACCAUCUCUACCUGCACCUCAGUUGAACGGUAUCCACGAGCAGAUGCCAGCACCUCACGAACCGAUCCCAGGGCAAGUCCCUGUCCCUGAAGCUUCUCAAUACCAACCUCAGCCCGAGCUCGAACCUGAGUACGAACCCCCGCGUCGCACUGGGGGAUUUGACCCAUCGUUGCUCAAUCCGCUACCGUCACCUUCCGGUAUCGCCCAAGCUGGUCCGUCUUCGGUGACCCUUGAUAUCCAGAACAAUCCCUUCCUCUCUCACAACACACCAUCAAUUGCGUCCUUCGCCUCGCCCGUAGCUGAUAUUCACUCGCCACAACCGUCUGUAGCUGUGGAGCCUCCUCCUCCAUCCGAAUCACCGGCUCCCGUUGAGGAAGCUCAGACAAGCCAGCCGGAUGUGCCCAUGGAGAUCCACCGCACACCGAGUCCGGUACCUGACUUCACCCUCGAUGAGUACCUCUUGGAUGAUUUGAAGCGCAUGUUGCAAGACGACACGAAAUCCCUCAACGUGGAGCAGCUCGAGCAAUUGCGCGCGACGUGUCUAGGCUGCGUGUGGAGGCAUCGAAGCGAAUGGAAUCGCACUGAGCUCAUCCGCGAGCUCAUGGAGACCGCCAAGGUGUUCAUCGAGGAGGUCUCCACCGAUGAUAUGGACGCUCCUUCUCCAGGACUUUGACGAGAUAUCCGGGAAUACUAGUCGGUUCUAGAUCUGUAUAGCUGCAUAAUCUGUUUUUAUACAUUCCAUUUGUAUUCUAGUACGUACUCGUACAUCACCACCUGUAUGUUAUCCAA